AUGGCGCUCAAUGCUAUCGUCACCACACCCGGCCGCUUCCUAUUCACGUCGGAAAGCGUUAAUGAAGGCCAUCCAGAUAAACUUUGUGAUCAGGUUUCUGAUGCUAUUCUUGAUGCAUGUUUAGCAGAAGACCCAAAUAGCAAAGAUAUUGGUUACGAUGACGAAGCAAAGGGUUUAGAUUACAAGACGAUGAAGGUUGUGGUGGCUAUCGAGGACCAAAGCCCCGAAAUAGCACAGGCCGUGCAUGUUAAUAAAAACAUAGAAGAGAUAGGAGCGGGCGACCAGGUGUGUUAG